UGUUUUGGUACCUGCUAUAGCGUGAAGUGACUUACUUUAAUGGAUUUUUUCAAAUAAUUGGCCUUUUACAGUUUGUUUUGUGCUUUGAAAAAUUACUAUCAUAAACUAAAUUAUCGGGUUCUUGUGAAAAGUUUGUUAAACUGCAAACCACUUUAUGCAUAAAUCGAUUUCUUCUUAUUAUUUAAAAAUAACAGUGCGUGGGCGCAUAUAUUUUAUUACUCUUCAUUUGUUUCUAUUUUGAAUUUUGAAAAUGAGUGAUAAAUUAAAAUCAGACUUAAAAUCGGGCGGGAAAGGAACGAAGACACCGCGCUUGUCUGCCUUAUUAGUGGGAGGCGCGGGAAAUUCGAAACCGACCGUUCCCGCCUUUGUUCCACCGGUUUUAAGAGAGGUUGGCAAGUUGGCCGCAGGGGUCGCUUCGGUCAGCACUUCAAAUGGAAAAUCUCUUUCUUCUGGUUCUGCGACAGGAAACCCUCGCAACAAAGUAGCUUUGCAACCAGGGCAUAGUCUUAUGGACUGGAUCCGGUUGGGAACUUCUGGAAAAGAUCUUACUGGCCUUGGAUCAAGAGCAGGCAAUCUGUCUAUUACCAAACAAGAGCUGGCCAAACACAAUAAAAGAAACGAUGCCUGGCUAGCCAUAAGAGGAAAAGUUUAUAAUGUUACCGAAUAUUUUCCAUUUCAUCCAGGUGGUGUUGAGGAGUUGAUGCGAGGUGCUGGAAUUGAUGCAACCAAUUUAUUUGAUGAAGUACAUCCUUGGGUAAACUACGAGCAAAUUCUGCAAAAGUGUCUGAUAGGAAAACUGGUGGCUAUAGAUCCAAGUAUUGACGCAGAAACGUUAUUUUUUGGCGAAAAACAAUCACUCAGUGGUAAAAGUAACAGAAUUGAAGUUUCUUCGGUUAAAUCUUUAGAUCUACCGCCACCCCCUAUUCCAAAACCAAAGCAGAGUCCACCAGAACAACCAGCAGCUCUACCACGCUUCGACUGGAUUCAACAGUUGAACUGCAUCACAUUGAUAUUCUACACUAAAGCAUUUUCCAAUCCUAUAAUAGAAGUGAAUCCCCCUGUAGAUGACCAAAAUGUUACUGUGACCCUACGUUACGAUGGCCAGACUUUCGAAAACGAACUGGCUUUUUAUAAUAAAAUUAGAUGGCCCUGUGACAUACGUUUGCGUGUGGAAAGUGGAAAAGUUGAAUUGGUUUUUAGGAAAUAUUUUACUGGACUUUGGGAGAAUUAUGGCCUCCUGAAGCAAAACUUCUCUCAAAGUGGUAACAAUCAAGGCAAAUGCCAGUACGUUUUAAAAAGGAAAACGGAAGUGAAUUAUAAUACGUGGUUGUUAAAGUUCGAUAGAGUGGACGGGAAAAGGAUCAUUGUUCCUAUUGGAAAGCACGUCAGGGUGUUUGGAUCUGUUGACGGCCAAGACAUUUCCAAAUCGUAUACGCCAGUACCUGAGAGCUUAUUUGAUACAUUUUUGCCACACAGUGAAUUAAAAGAUGGAAUUACUUUGAUGGUGAAGAGGUAUCCAGAUGGAAGGAUGAGCCGAUUUGUAACAAGUAAAGAUAUUGAUGAAAGUGUAGAAAUUAGUAAGCCAUUGGGUAAUUUCGAUUUGAAUGUGGUAGAAAAAAGAGAAAUAUUUGUUUUACUUGCUGGAGGCACUGGUAUUACGCCUAUGUUGAAUCUCAUAAUCUUCUUGUUAGAGCGAAGAAUUAAGAAGUGCCAGUUUUUACAUCUUUUAUUUUUUAACCGCACCGAGAGAGAUAUUUUAUUUAGAAGUAAGCUGGAAGAUUUACAAAAGUCGGAUGAAAGGUUUAGAGUAAAUAAUAUCCUAUCAGAAUCCUCAGACAGCUGGGAUGGACUUAAAGGACGCAUAAACGCAAUACUAAUCGAUAAUACUAUUCAAGAGUAUAUAAAAGACACUGGAUAUACGAUAAAGGAUAUUUACUGUUUUGUUUGUGGCCCUCCGAAAUUCAACGAGGUGGCCAUAUCAGAACUGAAGAAAAUUCACAUAGGAAGAGAUCAAAGUCACGUUUUCGAAGGAUAGCACUCGGCCGGAAUGACUUCUCUUGCUGAGGAAGAAAACUUUAUAAAUUGCGUCCAAAAUGGUGCAGAUUACUAUGAUUUUUCAUUGUUUCUUUUUUUAAUACUAUAAAUGUUAUGUCGUUGUUUCUACUGCUAUCUUCUAAAAUCUAUUUUAUUCGUAAUCUAAGCAAUAUAAAAACAAAUCAUUAGCAUUACCUAUUUGUAAACAAAUUAUAUUAAUGACGAAAAACUUUUGAUGAAAAACUUGUUAACAGUGUAAACAUGAAAUUAUAAAAUAUAUUUUGAUAAGAUAA